CACUAACAACAGUCGUCAGAUGUAUUUUUGUUGCUGGCUGCAUUCAAUUUCUCAACUGCAGGCUAAAAAAUAAAUAAAACAAUUGGUGCCAAACAUUCCGCGGCCACGCAACAAAUAGCAGCCAAGCAGCACGUGCCAGUGUCCCAAAAAUAAAACCGGGGAAAAAGCGCCGCAUUUGACAUUGAACAACAUUCGCGGUGCAAAAAUAAAUCUAGGAAAUAAAAUAAAACACACACGAACAAAAACCGAUAUCAGCUGUUCGCAGAGUGCGUGCGGCAGAAAAAAUUCAUUAUUAAUUGUGCCAUCGGACGAGAGAGGUGUUUUCCAUUUUUCUCGGCAUUUUCCACAUUCCCCCGCCAGCGAGUCGAGUUUUCCGGCCAGCAAAAACUGGAAAUUGCAAACAUCGAGCAUUUAUUCAAGUGUUGUGUAAUCAAAUCAAACUUCGGAAAAAAUGAGUGCAACGAAUGUCCAGGAGGCGCCGAAAAAGGCUGUGGCCUCCAAUGCCAUUAAGUUUUUGUUUGGUGGUCUCUCGGGAAUGGGAGCUACGAUGGUGGUACAGCCCCUUGACUUGGUUAAGACCCGCAUGCAAAUCUCAGGAGCUGGAAGUGGCAAAAAGGAGUACCGUAGCUCCUUACAUUGCAUCCAAACUAUAGUUGGCAAGGAGGGACCUUUGGCCUUGUAUCAGGGCAUUGGAGCUGCUCUGCUGAGACAGGCCACCUAUACAACAGGUAGAUUGGGCAUGUACACCUACCUGAACGAUCUAUUCCGGGAGAGGUUCCAGAGGAAUCCCGGUAUUACGGACAGCAUGGCCAUGGGAACCAUUGCCGGAGCCUGUGGCGCCUUUAUUGGAACCCCAGCGGAGGUGGCUCUGGUGCGCAUGACCUCUGAUGGUAGGUUACCGGUUGCAGAGAGGAGGAACUACACGAAUGUGGCCAAUGCUUUGACUAGGAUCACCAAGGAGGAGGGCAUCACAGCUCUCUGGAGGGGCAGUCUGCCCACUGUCGGUCGCGCCAUGGUGGUCAACAUGACCCAGCUGGCCAGUUACUCCCAGUUCAAGACCUACUUCCGCCACGGACCCCUAAAAAUGGAGGAGGGCAUUAAGUUGCACUUCUGCGCCAGUAUGUUGAGUGGUCUGCUGACAACCAUCACUUCCAUGCCUUUGGACAUUGCCAAGACCCGUAUCCAGAACAUGAAGAUGGUCGAUGGCAAGCCGGAAUACCGGGGCACUGCCGAUGUCCUGCUGAGAGUGGCACGUCAGGAGGGAGUCUUCGCCUUGUGGAAGGGAUUCACGCCCUACUACUGCCGCUUGGGUCCACACACUGUGCUGACCUUCAUCCUGCUGGAACAGCUCAACCAGGGAUACAACAAGUAUGUCCUGGGCGUGGAAAAGAGCACUGGCCUGUAAAUCAGCCAUACAAACGAUCAACGAACGAUGAACCAUGCGUGUAUAUACAACGUUAAGUUUGGAACAAACUUAGGGCAUUUAAAUGUCGGCAAUUCCGGUGACAAUAUUACAUGAUAACGAUUAGCUUGAAUGUUGAAACAGUUUUUUGUAGCGCCAUAAGUAUAAAGUGGAUUCUCAAUAAAGCACAAAAUGUUAUAAAAA